AUGGAGAUCGACCCCGUCGUGGAAGGACAUUCAGCGUCGUCGGACGACUGGCGGCGCGCGUUGGCGCGGGUGGUGCCGGCGGUGGUGGUGCUGCGCGUGACGGUGGUGCGCGCGUUCGACACCGAGUCCGCCAACUCCAGCUACGCCACCGGAUUCAUCGUCGACCGCCGCCGCGGCAUCAUCCUCACCAACCGCCAUGUCGUCAAACCCGGCCCGGUGGUGGCGGAGGCGAUGUUUCUGAACCGCGAGGAGGUGCCCGUGCAUCCGAUCUACCGCGACCCCGUGCACGACUUCGGGUUCUUUCACUUUGACCCCGCCGCCGUGCAGUUCCUCGACUACCAAGACAUCCCGCUCGCGCCCGAGGCCGCCGCCGUGGGCCUCGAGAUCCGCGUCGUGGGCAACGACAGCGGCGAGAAGGUCUCUAUUCUCGCCGGGACCAUCGCGCGGCUGGAUCGCGACGCGCCCGUGUACAAAAAGGACGGGUAUAAUGAUUUUAAUACGUUUUAUUUGCAAGCCGCGUCGGGGACCAAGGGCGGUUCGAGCGGAUCUCCCGUGAUCGACUCGCGCGGGUGCGCCGUGGCGCUGAACGCGGGCAGCAAGUCGUCGAGCGCGAGCGCGUUCUUCCUUCCGCUGGACCGCGUGGUGCGCGCGCUGGGCGCCAUCCAGGCGUGCUUCGCGGAGAAGGAGGGCGGCGGGUUCGUCGUGCACAAGUGGCGCCCGCCCGUCGUCACCCGCGGCACCCUGCAGGUGACGUUGAUCCACAAGGGGUUUGACGAGACGCGGCGGCUGGGGCUAAGGCGAGAGACGGAAGCGGAGGUCAGGCGCGAGGCGGGGGCGGCGGAGACGGGGCUGCUGGUGGUGGACUCGCUCGUGCCGGGCGGCCCCGCUGAAGGCAGGCUGGAGCCGGGGGACAUUCUCGUGCGCGUCAACGGCAAGCUGUGCAUUAUCCCUCUCGCCCCCCCUCCCAUCACCCCUCACCCUUUCCCCCCUCCCCACCUCCGGCCCUCCCCUCCAUUCCCCCCACCCCUGCACGCCCUAAUGCAGGUGCUGACGCAGUUCUUGGCACUGGAAGCCAUUCUAGACGACACAGUGGGUGGCACUGUGACGCUCGACGUGGAGCGUGGCGGCGCACCCCUCUCCCUGGCGCUCACAGUGCACGACCUGCACGCCGUCACGCCUGACCGCUUCCUCGAGCUCUCAGGGGGGGUCCUCCACGCGCUCUCCUACCAGCAGGCGCGCAACUUCCGCUUCCCCUGCGGCCUCGUCUACGUCGCUGAGCCCGGCUACAUGCUCUCACGCGCCGGCGUGCCCCGCUUCGCCAUCAUUCAGAAGCUCGCGGAUCAAGACGUGCCGGACUUGGAGACGUUUUUAAGAGUGUUUGCGCGGCUGGAGGCGGGGGCAAGGAUGCCGAUAGAGUAUGUGACGCAUGGGGAGAGGCACCGGCCCAAGUCGGUGCACGUGCCAUCAUCAGUGAUGGUGGACGGGGUGCACGCGCAGCACUUCUUCGGCACGGCGCUCGUGGUGCACCACACGGCGCAGCUGGGGCUCAUCGUGGUGGACCGCAACACGGUGGCUGUCUCUGUCUCUGACAUCAUGCUCUCCUUCUCCGCCUACCCUGUGGAGGUCCCCGGAGAGGUGGUGUUCCUGCACCCGGUGCACAACUUUGCUUUUGUGGCAUACGACCCAUCAGCCCUCGGAGCAGCAGCAGCGGCGGCAGUUAAACCCGCCACGCUCAAGCCCUCCCCUGCGCUGCGGCGGGGCGACCGAGUGCACCUGGUGGGGCUCAGCCGCAGCCAGGCAGUGACGUCCCGGCAGUCCGUGGUCACCAAUCCCACCGCCACGCUCACUGUGGGCGCUGCAGACUGCCCUCGCUACCGUGCGAUUAACAUGGACGUUGUUGAGAUUGACACUGACUUCGGGCAGUCCUUCUCGGGCGUGCUGGCAGACGACUCGGGCGCCGUGAGAGCCCUCUGGGGCUCCUUCUCCACCUUCCUGAAAUACGGCGACGGUGGAACGGACGAUCUGCAGUUUGUGCGCGGGCUGCCCAUCUCCUUCAUCUCCUCCGCCCUCCACCAAAUCAUCCACGCCUCCCCCUCCAAGCCCCUCCGCACGCUGCCACCCACCGCUCCCGCUCCCGCUCCUGCUCUCCCCACCGCGCCCCACGUUGAAAGCAACGGCCAGGCAGGGGAAGCAGGCGAGGGGACAAGAAGAGCAGAGGCGCAUGAGGAGGGUGGCAAGGGCGGCGAGCAGCAGCAGCAGCAGGCGGCAGCAGGGACAGAAAACAGCCUGUUGAUGAACGGGCGGCUGUGGGCCAUGCCGCGCAUGCGCGUGCUAGAGGCAGAGCUCGCCCCCAUGCUGCUCUCCAAAGCCAGGAGCUUCGGCCUCUCAGAGCAGUGGGUGCAUGUGCUGGCCCGUGCUGACCCCGUGCGGCGGCAGGUGCUGCGCGUGAAGGGCACCCUGGCGGGGUCUGCUGUGGCAGGCGUGCUGCAGCAGGGCGACAUGCUGCUUGCUGUCAAUGGCCGCCCCGUCACGUGCUUCGCUGAUGUGGAAGCUGCCUGCUGUGAGCUGGAUGCGGGGGGGAGUGAGUCAGCAGGGAUGUUGGAGGGGGAUGGGGGAAGCGGGGUGAGAGAUGGUGCUGGGGCAGUAGUAGCAGCAGCAGCAGGAGAAGAAGCAGCUGGGAAUGGGCAUGUGAGUGAGACAGGGGACAGGGAGCCGAUCGGUGCGACAGCAGCAGGAGCAGACAAAACUGCAGUGAAUGGUACAGCUGAGGCUGCAGUAGAGGCACCAGGGAAGACGGGCGGGAAGGAGGAUGCAGGGGUGGCAGCAACAACAGCCGGGGAGGCAGCAGCAGGGGAAGCGGGCCGAGCGUCAUUGAGUCUGACGAUACUGCGGCAGGGCAGGGAGCAGCGGGUGCAGGCGGGCACGGACGUGCGGCAUGGCUUCGGCACGACGCGAGUGGUGAACUGGGCGGGCUGCCUCGUGCAGGACCCCCACCCUGCCGUCAGAGCCACCGGCUUCCUGCCCUCGCAGGGUCACGGCGCUUAUGUUGCCAGGUGGUGCCAUGGCAGCCCAGCGCACCGCUACGGGCUGUACGCCCUCCAUUGGAUCGUGGAGAUCAACGGCCGACCUGUGCCGGACCUCGAUGCUCUGGUUGCCAUCAGCCAGGUGAGACCCGAUCGGCAGUUAGGGGCGAUCAUGAUAGAUUCCCAUUUCCAUCACCAUCACUAUACUUUCUCUGCUGCCUCCUCUCCUCCUUCAACCCCCCUCCCAAUUUCCCUCCCCUUCCCUCUCUCUGCCUCUCAGGAGUUGGAGCACGGGGCGUUUGUGAGGGUGAAGGUGGUGCAUCUGAACGGCAAGCCACGGGUCCUGACACUGAAGCAGGACCUGCACUACUGGCCCACCUGGGAGCUGCGCUUCGUGCCCAGCACCGGCACAUGGCAACGCACCAUCCACAAGAUACAGAAAUAG